AUGAUAGAGAAAGAGGAGAUGGCAGUGCCUCAAGCAUUGCUACCAAAGAUGAAGGAUCCAGGAAAGUUCACCACUGCGUGUACUAUUGGUGGAGUAAAGAUACUACAUGCUUUAUAUGAUUUAGAGUCUAGUAUCAAUGCCAUGUCGUUGAAUAAGUUUAAAGAAUUGAAAUUCUGGGAGAUCAUACCGAGUAAUAUGACUCUCACUUUAGUCGGUUCAUAUGUUACUCACCCGCUUAGUAUGGUACAAGAUGUGCUAGUGCAUGUCGAUAUUUUAGUCUUCCCUGCAGAUUUUGUGGUAAUUUACACGAAAGUAGAUUCAGAAGGGCCAGUUAUUCACGGACGCCCAUUCUUGGCAACUUGGAAAGCAAAGAUAGAUGUGGAAAUAGGUGAACUGGUUUUGAAGUUCAACAAGGAAAGGGUGGUGUUUAAUAUGAAUGAAUGGACACCAUAUAUGUAUGAUCUAGAUACAUGCUACCAACUAGAAGAAAAAGGUAUUAGGGUUGACAAAGGAAUGAGAACAAGUGAAUUGACCGGCGUGAGGGUAUCUCUUACGUCUGACAUGCCUUAG